AAAAAAAAAAAAAAAAAAAUUCCUUUUUUGUUAUUUUUGUGUGGUAGCAGUCGCCGGAGCUGUGGUUUUCUGUCUCCCCCGAUCUGAGCUUCUCUCUCUCUACCCCUCUCAAACACAGAAUAGCCUCAUUCUCAAGCUACUGGUUUGAUCUCUUCCACCAUUCUCUCUUUCUGUAUCUGUUUCUCUAUGUAUCCACUUAUCUUCAUCGUUAUUCUCGAUGUUCUCUGUCAUUAUACAUAGCUAAUAACUUCAAUUGGCUACUCCUUUUUUUUAAAUUUGAUUAAGAUUUGGUAGAAGAUCAAGGAAUUGCUACUUUGUAGAUUGGGCUUUGAAGCUUUUUAUAUGUCAGAUAGUCUCAUUGUGUAUUUGGUGAAAUAUAGAUUGAGCUUAGAAGCUUUUGUGCAGUCUGUGUAGAAUGAUGUUUUUUAAGCAACGGAACGAAGUUUAGGAUUUGGUGGCGCUCAGUUGACCGGCGAUCUCUAGCGUUUUGUAUGUUCAUGUGAUAUAGCCCGGGCUUGAGGCUCGGGAUCCGAACCAUGGCGGCAGAAAGCGAGCAACAGGCUUGGAUCGAAGAGGAACCUAAUCCUAGCUCUAACUAUUAUCUGCAGAAGUUUAGGCUCUAUGAGACUCGCUCGAAGUUUUAUAUGAUUGGAUGGAACAAGAACAGAACCAUUUGGAGAGUAUUGAAGAUUGACAGGUCUGAGCCUUCAGAACUAGAUAUUAUUGAGGAUUCAACGACAUAUUCAGAAAGAGAUUGCUUUGACCUGAUGAAAAGAAUACAUGAAGGCAACAAGUCUACCGGUGGCCUUAAAUUUGUCACCACUUGUUAUGGAAUCGCUGGAUUUAUAAAGUUUUUGGGACCAUAUUACGUGCUGCUUAUAACAAAAAGAAGGAAGAUCGGUGUAAUCUGUGGUCAUUCAGUAUAUGCCAUUACCAAGAGCGAGAUGAUUCCAAUUCCCAAUUCUACUGUGCGAUCCAAUAUGGCUAUUUCUAAGAAUGAGAACAGAUACAAGAAGCUCCUAUGGACAGUGGACCUUACAAAGGACUUCUUUUUCAGCUACUCCUACCAUGUCAUGCAUAGUCUUCAAAAGAACUUAUGUGAUCCUGGGACAGGUCAAUCUCUUUAUGAAACAAUGUUUGUUUGGAAUGAGUUCUUAACUCGCGGAAUCCGCAAUCACCUCAACAAUAGUAUGUGGACAGUUGCAUUGGUUUAUGGCUUCUUUAAACAGGUGAGACUUUCGAUAUCUGGAAGGGACUUCAAGUUGACCCUCAUUGCUAGGCGGUCCCGUCAUUAUGCUGGAACCAGGUAUUUGAAACGAGGUGUGAAUGAGAAAGGUCGUGUUGCCAAUGAUGUUGAGACAGAACAGAUUGUUUUUGAAGACCUUCCCGACGGUUGCCCAAUGCAAAUAUGUUCUGUUGUGCAGAACAGGGGUUCAAUACCUCUUUUCUGGUCGCAGGAAACUUCACGAUUGAAUAUUAAACCUGACAUCAUGUUGUUGAAGAAGGACCACAAAUAUGAAGCUACUAGACUUCACUUUGAGAAUCUCGUCAAGAGAUAUGGAAAUCCAGUUAUUAUAUUAAAUCUAAUUAAGACUCGUGAAAAGAAGCCCCGAGAAUCUAUUCUCCGUGCAGAGUUUGCCAAUGCUAUUGCAUUCAUCAACAAAAAUUUAGCGAAGGACAACCGCUUAAAGUUCCUUCAUUGGGACCUAAACAAACAUUCUAGAAACAAAGGUACAAAUGCAUUGUCAACUUUAGGCAAAGUGGCUGCUAAUGCAUUGGAAUGGACUGGCUUCUUUUAUUGUCAAGUAACCCCAAACCCAAGGACGAGGGAAUUGUUCAGGUGGUCCUACCUUGAGAACAAUGAUAGUGGUGAUUCUCGGCCGAAUGAUUGUAAUGAAAACAAGGAUCUUGAUGAUGUGGAAUCAAUUUGUAGAAAUGGAGAAGAUGAUGUGAGUGGAAAUCACUCUGUCAAACCUCUGAUGCUUCAAAAAGGGGUACUACGAACCAAUUGCAUAGAUUGUCUUGAUCGGACGAAUGUUGCACAAUAUGCGUAUGGGUUGGUUGCUUUUGGCCAUCAGCUGCAUGCUCUAGGAUUUGUAGAUGUCCCAAGUAUCGAUCUGGACUCCACUUUGGCGAAGGAAUUGAUGAGGGUUUAUGAGUCGAUGGGUGACACACUUGCACUACAAUAUGGUGGAUCUGCUGCACAUAAUAAGAUAUUCUCUGAGAGAAGAGGUCAGUGGAAGGCAGCAACUCAGUCGCAGGAGUUGUUUAGAACAUUACAGCGGUAUUACAGUAAUGCCUACAUGGAUGCUGAAAAACAAGAUGCCAUUAAUGUGUUCUUGGGGCACUUUCAGCCACAACAGGGUAAGCCGGCCCUGUGGGAAUUGGAUUCAGAUCAGCAUUACAAUAUUGGAAGGCGUGAUUCUGAUUUUCCAGAUGAAAAUGCUAGGUCAUUUAUUAAAAGGUCUCUAUCAGAUGGCAACAUCCUCUGUGAAAGCGAUUCUCCUAUAGAAGUUGCAAGUGUUAAACAUAAUGAGGAUUAUAACCAGCCAUUACCUCACGACAUGCACAGUGGUAACAAGGGUCUCUCAGAGUCCACACCAGAAAUAUCGACCUAUGAAAAUGAUAUAUCUUUUUCCAGGUAUACCCCUUCAAUGUCACGUCAGAAGCUUUUCCAUGAUGUGCAUCUGGAACAAUGUCUUGACGAUGAUCACAGUUGUUUUAAAGAACAUGGGGAUGAAUUCAACUGCUCAAAUUUUCUGGACAUGGACUGGCUAUCUUCAUCUGGAAAUUCUUGUGAAGAGGAGAUGUAUGAAAGAUCUACCCUCAUGAACUCUCCCGUUGCUGGUCUAUCAUCAGAUAGCGUUCUAAAUGAACUUAAAAUGGAAUCAAGCGCUUCUGCGAGUGAGUCUGGAUCAAGCAUGAAGCAAGGGGAGCUGACUGCUACACAUGCUUAUGGUGCUGCUCGGGCUUCUGAUGUUCUAGGCGAAUUUUCUGAUAGCUUUGUGUACUGGGUAAUGCAUGGAGAGAUGCUGUUCCCUUGAAGUUCAGCGCUGGUUUUUAAUCAAAACUACUAUUCCUCACCACCAUCGAUUAAUUUAAUCAACCCAUCCGAAGGAUGUGGUUGUCCACCAGAAAAUAAAUAGCAGGAGAACAACAUUGCAGAAUGAGCAAAAUUCUUGGCAUUUUUGUGGAAGAUAAAUUCCUCUAAACAAAGGUAUUCUCAGUUUGUAUAAAGUUUUCGGCAUUUAUUCGAAGAUAAUAUCGUCCAUUUGAGAAAGAUACAGGGAUUACGAUAGGGUAAAUAGCAACAUCUAAUUCUUUUUGGAGCUCAUAGUUCCUAACUCUGGUUAUCAACUUCAAAGUUUUCCACCUUGUAAAUAUUAUGUGAAUAUUCUGAUUGUUGGAGCUUCAGUUCAGUUAUAUUUAUAGUCUUAUUUCUUACAAUUUAUACCUUGUUCAUUCUGAUGGCGAACAUAUUACUGUUCCCUAUGAAAACGUUUACUGCUGUACAUGCUAUCAAGUGCUAUUCUAAACCCACAACAUUCUUUAGUGAGCUACAUUUGCGUACGCAUUCACCGUUCAUGGUUGGCACCAAUUUGCAGGGGUUCAGAUGACCAAUUUAAUUUUGCCCUCCAGUGUGCUUGUCAAGUUGGAUUUUCUGGAUAGAGCUCUGAAGUAGCUCUAGAUAGAACAUUCAUACAAACACUGGUCACAGUAUUUGAACAGAGCAAUACUUUGGUGUCUGCUGUUGAAGAGUAGUCCGUUGCACGAGGCUUCCACUAUUGUGGAAUCUGGUGAAGGUCAGAUGCGACCAACACAUGCAGAGAGAUUGUUUCUGUUACUUUGAUGCCUGUUGCUACAGCCUUUUUUUUUUUAGGUAGAAUCAAGUUGGUUAAACAUGGACUUAAAUUCCUUUAUUAUCUCAUUGUUUUCCCCGGCUUAGAAACUUAAAGUCUGUGGUGUGUUGGUCCCUUUCAUAAUCGCUUUGCUACAAAAAUGAGCUUCUCUUCUCAAAGUUGUGUUUAGGUUUCCUUGCUCUACCCAUCUACGGCAUUGGUCCUGUUGCCGAACUCAAAUGACUGGUGGCUGCAGGCUGCGAAUCUGACGUGCCAAUUUCUGUCUCCAGCUAUUUAUUAUGCAGGUAGAUUUUUACUUAAGAUUGGUUCAAGCUGUUGAAUGCUGUAGCAGAUGUAUGUAUUGCGAUGCAAUGAAUUUCAAAGGGGUGGAACAUGACUACGUAUGCACCAUGAUAAGCUGUUUUUUUAAUUUAUUGACGAAUCGAAGUGACUGAUGAUUGAAUUUCAGUGGAGCGUUGCAGGAAGGCCACUUUGUUAUUUACAAUAUCCGCUGCUUAAUUGGAGAUGAAAAAUCUUGCUUUUUCUUCCUAA